UCGUCAUCCAUUUCGAGUUCCUAGGGUUUAUUCUCGUUCAAUUACGUGCAGAAUUUUCUUCUCAGGCGACGGAUUUUCCUUAUUAGGCGCUAAUUUUGCUAACCUUCAGUUGAUGCAUUGUCCUACAUCUUCGCCCCGCACUUCAUAUUAACUUCAACCAUUAACUCGCUGUCUCAUCGAUUGUUUACGUAAACCGGUAUGCUUUUGGUAUGACUAAUUGAUUCUAUUUUCCAAAUCAGGUUUGUUUCAGCUGCCUUCUGUGGACGAAUCUCAGAUUGAGAGUUUGUUAGUUUGGUUGGUUGUAGAUGAAUUCGGAGUGAUGAAACUUUACAAUCUGUAUGGUAUUAUAGGUUCUACGUUGAUUGAGAGAGUUUCUGAAUCAAAGGAAUUUUCUAAAAAGGACUAAGAUGCCAACAGGAUCUGUUUUGAGGCUUAAUACUAUUAUAUACUCUGGUGUUCAGAAAGCCACAGCUGCUGGACAUCAAAGUGGUCUGUGCUAUAUAAACAAUUUGCUGCUUGGACGAGGGGAAUUAUUGACCAAGGAUUACGGGUUGUCUCAUUCCUUGCCAUAUUCCACAUUCGCAAUAUCAAACACCUUUAGUUUUUCACCAAGAUUCCAGUCCAAAAGAAAAUCCAUGGCUGCUUAUUGUGCUAAAUCUGUUUUUGGAGAUGUCUCUGUUGAAAAUUUAAUCACAAACCGUGGAAAUGCUUUAGAGCUUGCAACACCUGUGGGAGUGUUCAACCAUAGAAAUCAUAGGAAUUUUCAGAAUGCUCGUAUGAGUUUGAGAAGGAAACAAGCAUCCAAUAAUUGUCGAAUCGCUCGGAGCAGUUCAAUUGAUGUAAUGCAUGUGAAAGGCACCUGCUUUCUGCAAGUUGGGUUAACCAAUCUUCAUGCCUUAUCUUAUGCAUGCUAUGUUGCUGGGACUGCUAAUUCUCCAGCUUUUGACAGCAAUUCUAGUGAUGAACCGUUCACAAAUUCAACCAUUUUGUCAAGCAAAGGUUUAUUAGGUGAGAGAACUUUGAAGCUGCUUUCAGGAUCAUGCUAUCUUCCCCAUCCAGCGAAAGAAGAGACAGGAGGAGAGGAUGCUCAUUUUAUUUGUGUGGAUGAACAUGUGGUUGGUGUUGCGGAUGGUGUAGGUGGUUGGGCUGAUGUUGGUAUUGAUGCUGGGGAGUUUGCUCGUGAACUUAUGUCAAAUUCGAUAAGUGCAAUACAGGAGCAGCCUGGAGACUCUGUUGACCCUGCCAAGGUGUUAGAGAAAGCUCACUCAGACACUACAGCUAAGGGUUCUUCAACAGCCUGCAUCAUUUCUCUUUCUGAAAAGGGACUCCAUGCUAUUAAUCUGGGGGAUAGUGGAUUCAUAGUUAUAAGAGAUGGAAGCACUAUUUUCAGAUCUCCCGCUCAGCAGUAUGGCUUCAAUUUUCCUUAUCAGUUGGAGAGCGGCAAUGGUGCUGAUUUACCGAGCUCUGGAGAGGUUUUCAUGAUACCCGUCGCACCGGGGGAUAUUAUAGUUGCUGGAACGGAUGGAUUAUUUGACAACCUAUACAGCAAUGAGAUUUCAGCUGUUGUAGUUAAUGCAGUUAGAGCUGGAUUGGAACCCGGAGUAACUGCACAAAACAUAGCUGCUUUGGCACGCAAAAGGGCCCUGGAUAGGAACCGGCAGACCCCGUUUUCUGCUGCUGCUCAAGAGGCUGGUUAUCGCUACUAUGGUGGUAAGCUGGAUGAUAUCACUGUUGUUGUGUCGUAUAUAACAAGUUCCACAGAUACUCCUGUUUCUACACUUGAGCCUGAUUCAAGUGUAUUUUAGUGUCAAUGGUGAUUAUGAGGAUUGAAAAUCUUUGGUCCCGCCGUUUCCAAACUCCGAACACUUCGUACUCCUGUGUUAGGAACAGCCUUUAGGCAAAUGAUAGAUGUUACUCGAGAUUUUCGAGUAACGUACACAGCAGAAGCAGUCCACUGAUUUCUGCAAUCUCUUCAUGUUCUUGCUUCUAGUGAACAGACUCGAUUAAGUCAUUGUUUUUUGAUGUGAUAAUAAUAUCCUGUCCUAUCUAUUAUUCCUUUUAGUCUUCAA